AUGGGAACAGGUCAAGUGCUGUUCUCCUCCUGCCCGGACUUACGAGCACCCUCCCGCCGGCCAGCGCUCUGGCCAGGCUGCGGGGCGCCCCUUCCCGUCUCUUGCGCUGCACCGCAGGACAGCGAGGGCGCGCAGAGGGCUCCCGGGACGGGCCGUCCCGAUGCGGGGCGCUGGGAGCCCAGUCGGUCGGCGCGGGGACAGGCUGGCGGCAGUCGGGCGGGCGCGGGACCACGGCGGGCACUCCCGCGGCGCUUCCGGCCUCACCUGCGCGGCUGCCUGCCGCCCGCGGUCCGCGAGAACAAAGGCGGGGGCGCCGGGCGGCCGCGCGCUCCAAGAUGGAGGGCGCCGGGGGCUCCGGCCGCAGCCCGCUCCGCCUCGGCCCGGCCCGUCCCGCGUGGGCGGUUCCGCCGCCUCACCUGCUGCGCUUCGGUCUCCCGGGCACGGGGCGGACGUGCCCCGAGGGUCCAAAGGCCGCCCAGCGCCCGAGCUGGAGGAAGGGUCGGACCUCGAACCGCGGCCUCUGGCCGCCUUGUGCGGCAGCGGGUCGCGCCCCUCACCCGAGCGCGCGACGCCGGCCCCCCGACAACCUUCGGCCGGCGCGAGUGCCCAGCGCGAGCUCCAGACCCUACUCCCGGCGCGCGGCGCGAGCUCCCGUGCGCGCCCCCAGCCUUCCAGCAACCGGGGGAGCCCCGGGCGCGCGCCCCCGGCCCUGGCGCCUCUUCCCGCCCCCUCCCGCCCCCGGCCGCCGCGCCGGCCCCGGAGCGCGCGCCCUCCCCCCCCCCGCCUCCGGGCAACUCGCGGGCGCCCGAGCGCGCGCCCCGCCCCCUGCCCCCCGAGCGGCGCGGGCCCCCGAGCGCGCGCCGGGCCCCGCCGCCGCUCCCCGCCCCCUCCCCACAGGCCCGCCCCCUCCGGGGCCCGCCCUCCCCGGCGCGCAGAGCGGCGCGUCCUCCCGGCUCCCUCCCUUCUCGCGGCCGGCACUUUCCUCCCAAGUUGCAGCGCAAGUUUGCCAGUGGCCGGCGGCGGAGGCGCCGGGAGCCUCCCUCGCCCUCGGCCGGCCCGGGUUUCCCGGAGUGCAUGGGCGCGGGUCGGACGGCUCCGGGGGCCUGA